AUAAUAAUCCUAUGUAACCUCCUGCAUGUUGUGCCUUAACUUUCCAGAAUAGAAGACUGUUAGUAAUUUAAUUUUUCGCAUCCAAAAAUAGACGUAGUAUAGUUAUGUCGGGGAAUUACAUAAAAGAGCUUUUGAAGCCUUUUCGUGAGAGUACAGCACUGGAAAAAUUGAUGAAUUGGAUCGUAGGCGGCAGUGCUAGUGGUGUCCUGAGUGUUCCGAGACGUAAAGCUAAGCUGCCCGCGGGAGGCAAGGGGGCGGCGCGAGGGUACGCCACGGGCGUAAAGCGCGUGACGCUGAUCCCAGGGCACGGCAUCGGCCCGGAGAUCACGGUCGCCGUACAAAAGAUCUUCGAAGCUGCCAAAGUCCCCAUUGAAUGGGAUGAGGUGGACGUCACAGCUGUGAGGGGUCCAGAUGGCAAAAUGGGCAUUCCCCAGAAAGCCAUAGACUCAGUGAAUGCCAACAAAGUGGGCCUGAAGGGGCCGCUGAUGACCCCCAUCGGCAAGGGCUACCGCUCACUCAACUUGGCUUUGAGGAAAGAGUUUGAUCUAUACGCCAAUGUCAGGCCUUGCAAGAGCUUCGAAGGAAUCAAGACGCUGUACGACAACGUGGAUGUGGUGACCAUCAGAGAGAACACAGAAGGCGAGUACUCAGGCAUCGAGCAUGAGAUCGUGGACGGUGUGGUGCAGUCUAUCAAGCUGAUCACGGAGGAGGCGUCCAGCAGGGUCGCAGAGUUCGCCUUCAUCUUCGCCCGCGAUAACAACAGGAAGAAGGUCACGGCUGUGCACAAGGCUAAUAUUAUGCGCAUGUCGGACGGUCUGUUCCUGCGCUGCUGCCGCGAGAAGGCGACCAAGUACCCGGACAUCAAGUUCGAGGAGCGCUACCUCGACACCGUCUGCCUCAACAUGGUGCAGGACCCCUCCAAGUUCGACGUCCUGGUGAUGCCCAACUUGUACGGCGACAUCAUGUCGGACAUGUGCUCGGGGCUGGUGGGAGGGCUCGGCCUCACGCCCUCCGGGAACAUCGGCAAGAACGGAGCCCUCUUUGAAUCCGUGCACGGUACGGCUCCCGAUCUAGCAGGCAAGGACUUGGCGAACCCUACCGCUCUCCUGCUCUCGGCAAUCAUGAUGCUCCGACACUUACAGCUGAAUGACCACGCGGACCGCAUACAGAACGCGUGCAACAUCAUCCUCUCGGAGGGCAAGACCCUCACCGGCGAUCUCGGAGGCACUGCCAAAUGCAGCGAAUACACAAACGCCAUCAUCUCAAAACUGAACUAACUUAGGCUGUAUAAAUCGAACCCUCUGUCAAUUACUCGAAUCAUAAAAAAUAAGUUCCCGCGUUUUUUGAAUACGGCAGUAAUGAGAUGAAAAAACGGAAAAAUGCUUCACCAAAGUGCUGUUAUUUAACAGAUAAGUAAAUAAUUAAGGAAACAAGAAGGGACCGUAAUAAUAACAUCAUUAAAGCCAUAUUAGAGCUAUCAGUUACCAAAUAGUAUCUACAAACUUCAGUAUUUAUGCUCAAACGUAUUUAUUUAUUUUUCUUUUUGAGAUUUUAAGUUUUGUAAAUAUACAGAUUUAUUGUAUUGUGAAAUAUAGGAUUAUUUACAAUACCGUAAAUAUACUUUGAAGUUGUAAUUAGAUUUGUAGAUAUUUUUAAUGAGAUAUACGCACUCGCAUGACUAAUAUUAUAAUUGUACAGAAUUUUAUUUAUUUGUCAUAUUCACAAUACAUCAAUCUGAUAAGCAGUUGUAGUUAAUAAUGUUGACUUUAUAACAUUAAAAGUAUUGAAUACUUCA